AUGAGUAGUAGGUCGUCUUCUCCUCCUGGACGCAGUAAUACGACAGCAAGAACACAUGGCAAGCCACACAAGCAGAAAAAGAAGCGGCGAGCAACGUCUGGCACCAAAUUGCGGGCCUCGCCGUCCCUACCAGGUUCCAUGAUAGUGAGCAGUGUGCGCUUGCAGCCUUCCAGGCCAAGAGCUGAUGGAGCAGCACACAUGACUCAGGCUGCGGCCAACAGGGAAAUACCGUCAAUCUCUCGAUCACCUAUGAUUGUGAAGCCUGUAGGGCAGGAGCUUAAACAAGCACCUUCUCCAAAGCUUCAGAAGCUUCUUCCUGUCUUAGAAAGUACCGUUCCUUUCUUUGGAGAGUAUGUCUAUGGAUUGAGCUCUGUUGUACACUACACCAGAAACUUUAUGGCUCUGGAUCCAGCUCCAAAGGCCACUGAUCCCCUAAUAAAAGCUAGACUGAUAAAUGCAUCGAUUGUUAAGCGAAUUCGUUGUACUCAGAAGGUUUCUAUUUCCUUGGAGGACGGAUACGACGAUACGUCUGAUGAAGACCCUCCAACCUCCUUAACAAGCAGCACUGCCGAGAUUCCCGAUCUUCCAUUGCUUAAAAACCCACUGAAGUCCUCAAAACCAUCGAAGUCCUCAAAUUCACAAGAAACAGGGAGCAAGGCCGACAAAACAGUACGGGCACAGCAUUCUUUCAGCAUGUUUAUGGUGCCUAGCACUGAUAAUGCUAUUAUGGCCCGGUAUGGAUCCCUUGUCAUCUCCACUCUCAAGCAGUUUGAAAAGAGGCUAUCAUACAUUACGGUCCGCCUGGCGAGCGAUUCGUCAGGCCCCAGUCACCCCCGGAACAUCGUUAUCUUCAAGGGAGGAUACGUGGACUUCAAAAAAUACUUUCUAGACAAAGGCUGGGUAGUUAACCCCGACAAGGACACCCCAACAGACUUUAAUAUCAAGUUUGCCAUUAAAGUAGCAGAUAUUGAUCGCACAAGGUUGCAUCCGUGGCAGUACACAAACCAUUUCACUAACUCACAAGUGCUAACCACGAAGAGCGGCCUGACCAAGACCCUGUCCCCUAACAACUUUGAUAUAGACAUAACCAGGUUCUUCCCACAAUCGUAUCGGGUAGUCAAUGCAUCCGACGCCAAUAGCCAAGCGCAAUUGCAAUUAAUGAGCGCCAAUGAUGAGACGCUAGACUUCCUCGAGGACUUUCUGAAUACUGAGGUAGUAAAGAUUUGCUUCAACUGGGUGCGCGACCCCAAGAUCUGUGAUUCCAUGAUCGACUGGGAGAGCUCCACUGCCGAAACAAACGAGCGAACAGAACUAACCCCUUCUAGUUGCUUUAAGUACAGUAUACACCAGCUACAGAUCUCCUAUAGACACCUCUUGUAUCUGACGUCUACCAUUCUUCACCAUGACUUAGAGUUGGAUAAGAAGACGCGCUUUGUUGUGCCUCCCGUAACGCAGUAUGAAAUGGGCAUUAUACUCCCCAGGCUGCCGCGUCAGUACAAGCUUCCGGACUUCUAUGGCGCCAUAUCUCCUCAGAGCUUGUUUUCCUCCGAUGGAGAAGCAGGGUCUGGGCCCAAAGGUAGACCCAGACCGGGAACACUGUUUCCCGCUACCACUGCAGGUCCUGUUGCUAAUGGCUCAGAAUCCAUCGCUGCUCCUGCUCCAGAUUCCUUCAGUUCGCGGAGAAAGGAACAGUUCAGCCAUCCAUAUUCUGCAGCUACUGACGAAAUACAUGCUAAUGCGGCAACUGCCCAGGAAUACCACCACAUGGUGCGCGCGCUUGGAGUGUAUCUGCAGCACGCACCUCAAGUGUCGAUCAGAAGCUCCAUGCAGAAUAUCUUUAUCGGAAAGCCUGGGGCAAAGUCAAGGGGUCGCGGUAUCUUCUGCUCUAACGACAUCCUCAAGCUCUUAGUCCUGGACGAGCACGGCGGAACAGACAGUGAGUUUGAGCUUCCAGACGAAGCGGCUGUCAACAGCUCUGAUCGUUACAUAAUACAGCGGUACUUGGAAACACCCCUUCUACUGGGCGGGUACAAGUUUGACAUCCGUCAGUGGGUGUUCGUCAGCUCUAUCAACCCGCUGAUAAUAUUUCAGUGGACGAGCCCGUACUUAAGGUUUUGCUCGUCAAAGUACAGCUUAGAUGAACACGAUUUGAAGAACCCGUAUAUCCACCUCAGCAACAACAGCGUUCAAAAGUGCUCGGAGCAGUUUGGUAAGGACGACGAGUUCCUCGGUAAGGGAAACAUGUGGGACUGGACGAGUUUUUCCGACUAUCUGGAUAAAAUGAUUGGUGACAAGCCAUGGUUGGACCUCCUCCUAGAAAGGGAUCCUCAGUAUUUCUGUUACCAUCAAACAGAAGACUUUAAGAUAAGAGCACCACCAACAAGCACAGAGGGUACCGAAAUGGUAGAUAUUUUGCGUGCGCAAAAUCAAUCUAAAUCCAGAUACCAAUCUAAAUCCCAAUCCAAAUUAAUAGUAACAGAAAAUAAAAAUAAAAAUAACGAUGAGGAUGCAGAGACUGUGGAGACGGACAAAAGAAAAGCUAAAUCACGUCCAUAUAAGCAGAAGUAUGAGACCAGCGAGCACGCCAAGCUCUACGGACCUGACCUCUACGGCAACCAAUCGCGCAUCAAAGCGGAGGAUUACAAGCACUCGCAGUACACUGACAAGGCCGUGUUCAACACAAUAGCUGACCGCAUUCUCUACGACAUGGCGCGAAUAAUAAUAACCACCGUGCAGGCGGCACGAUUCGAGCUCACCUCAGCGGAUAACAACUUUGAACUGCUUGGGUAUGACUUCAUCAUUGACAGCGCCCUGCAGGUAUGGCUGGUAGAAAUUAAUGCAUCGCCAACCCUAGAACACAGUACAGAGGUGGUAACAAAGCUUAUCGAUAAGAUGUCUCGUGGGCUUGUUAAUAUAAUUGUUGAUAGUUGUCUUGGAACAAAGAUAAAGACAAAGAAGAAGAUUGUCAUGCCAAAGAUCAGCAACGCAAGUGCUGUCUUCGGCUCUGGCAAUGGCGCAUCUGCUCUCGAAGACUGGAAACUCAUCUAUUGUGAAAAGCAGAAGCUUAGUCAGUACUCUGCAGAUAUCACAGCAUUUGGGAAGGAGAUAUCCAUUCCAGGAGUCAUUGUGCGCGAUCCUCCGCAAGAUAAGGGAGAGGCGCAAUGA